AUGGACAUGUCGUACUGUUCUCCACAGCAGCCUCAGGAGGAUGCCAGCUCCUUCCUCUUCGACUGCGAUGCCCUGCUGGAUAAGUCUUGUGAUCCUUUGGCCUUUGAUCCCUCCUCAGACCCUGGCUAUUUCAGUGCCUGUAGUAGCCUGUCUCCUACAUCCUCUGUGGACUCCUUCUGCUUCUCUCCAAACUUGCUCCAAGUCAAAGCCGAGCCAGAGCCACUGGACUGUUUCUUCUUCAGCAGUGAACGCCAGCAGAUGGCCACUACCACCAAGAUCCUAGCCAAGCCUGCUUCCACCACCUCUGCCACUAAGAAGUCCAGGUCCAGGUAUCCAGGGAAGAAGAGGGAAACAGCCAGCAAGAGGGAGAAGCUGAGGAUGAGGGAUCUGACCAAAGCCCUGCACCACCUCAGGUCUUACCUCCCAGCAUCUGUGGCUCCAGAGGGACAAACUCUGACCAAGAUCGAGACCCUGCGCUUCACAAUCCGCUACAUCUCCCACCUGUCUGCUCAGCUGGGCCUCACCGAGGAGGUCCUGGAGAAGAGGUCUUCAGGUCCUAUGGAGCCAGGCCUGUUCACUUACAGCUCACUGCAGGAAACCCCUUGCAGCAGCAGUCUGCAGCCGGCUGGACCCAGCACCUACACUACUCCUGUGACGGUCCCCGCUGGACUUUCUUACACCCCCCAGCAGUACUGGAUGCCUUAA